AUAGGGCCAGCUCCUCAGUUUUAACUGCGUUUUAAAGUUUUCCACCCCACGCAAUGCAACCGAGGCGUGUGGGGGCGGAAAGUUAGGCUUCUUCCGUGCCAAGCGCCACGUUGGCGCGUUUCGGCUGGCUCUUUCAACAAACCCUACACCCUCGUAGAACAGCGACAACUGUUCGGUCAAGAGACCGGCUCUCCCCACCAGGGCAAUGGAAUUGCCACGAAAGGAGCAGAUACUUGCAACUUUCGAUCAGCUCGUCUCUGAGGGCAUCGUCAUUUAUGGACCACAUCGGGUUAUUGAAGAAGACUGCGAAGGAUAUCUCGUGGAAUUCCGAGUUUGCCCCUCCCAAGCGAAGAAGCCAAACAUCGUGGGAGCGGCGCUGGGGCCGACAUUCGAUACCAGCCGAAAAUGGGGGCCGGGCAGCGACAUGUACUGCAUCGAUGAGCGGCUGAAGAUCGCAAGGCUGAACGACACUCAUGACCUGGCUCUGAAUUUGUUCUGCGUGGACAGGCCUCAGCUCUUGAUACUAACGCUGAACUCGUACCUAAGGCAGCACGAGCCAAUGGACCGUAGCGAUUUCGAGGCUGCGUUGAAGGUGUUGACAUCAAUGGAUGACACGUACAUUAUCUACAAUUGCGGCGAAGCGGCGGGAUGUAGCCGCGUGCAUAAGCACUUGCAGGGCCUGCUGGGUCCACCGCGGGCAUUCGAGUCGUUCACCGGUGACGAGGAGAAGCGUUUGAAGGUGCCCUUUCGGCAUUUCACACAUCAUUUCCCCGAAGGGUUCCACACCACAUCCGCUUCAAAUUUGCUGGAUAUAUACCGGGCCCUUCUUGACCAGGCGAGAGGAUGCUUGAAUCUGCCUGAGGCUGAUAGUCCUUGUCCACACAACGUCAUCCUUUGGAAAGGUUGGAUGAUUGUGAUCCCAAGGAGAGCGGCAUGGGUGGGCCAGGCAAGCGCGAAUGCGGGAGGAAUGAUGGGAUCGAUCUGGGUGUCUGAACAGAGGACUGUGGACGAAUGGCUGAGGCUGGGAUGCCGGAACAUUCUGGGGGAGCUCGGUGUACCGGCCUGAACACGAGCUCCAGGUCGAUAUAUCCAGUUCUCUGCGAAUUAGAAAACUUCAAGCGCUGGUACAGACUUCGGAAAUAUACAGGCAUCCGUAUCCUUCAGACUCCUAUCUGCAAGAUCUUGUGGCAACGUGAUGUCAUUGCCCGAGGACUAAUGAAUGUCCUGGCGAAUGUCCCAGUGCGCGUUGGUCUUUGACUGGAGCAAAAGUCGAGAGAG